CAAACUGCAACAGGAUAAAAGAACCGGAAUAUAGAAAUAAAAGGAAAAAUCAGCUGCUGGAUCAUGCGUAAUGGUGCAUCAUAUCAAACCAUGGGUGACUCAAGCGCCACAGCAAAGGGAAAUAACCCACGUUGCUGUAACUCCAUCAUGGCCAAACAGGACAACCAGACUGACAUAAAGAACACAGAGAAAACCUCUGAAAAGCAGCAGCCUCUCACAAUCUGCCUGUUCAGCGCAGCAUUCUUUGGGGCCCUGGGUUCAUCUUUUCUAUAUGGCUAUAACCUCUCUGUGGUCAACGCGCCUUCUUUGUACAUUAAAGCUUUCUACAAUAAGACCUGGAUGGAAAGAUAUGGGGAACCUAUUCUUCCAGAGACAUCCACUCUUCUGUGGUCCAUCACUGUGUCCAUAUUUGCCAUCGGAGGCCUUCUUGGAACUUUAUCAGUCUCUUCGAUUAUCAAAGUAGCAGGACGAAAGGGAACCUUGCUGCUGAAUAACUGCUUUUCACUGAUAGCUGCUUUAUUACUUUCACUGGGCGAGAUAUCAAAAUCUUUCGAGAUGCUCAUCAUUGGCCGGAUCAUUAUGGGGGUAAACUCAGGUAUAUCUCUGAGUGCCCUUCCCAUGUACCUGGGAGAAAUAUCCCCAAAACACAUCAGAGGUUCCAUUGGCCAGUUCAACUCCAUCCUAAUCUGCUUGGGAGUUUUCACAGGACAGGUGCUGGGCCUACCCGAGCUCCUGGGUCAGGAGUCCAGGUGGAACUACCUGUUCACUUUCCUGGCAUUUCCGUCAUUGCUGCAGCUGUGUGUCCUACCUUUCCUCCCUGAAAGUCCCCGCUACCUGCUGAUGGAAAGGAGGGAUGAGGCAGGAGCUGAGCGAGCUUUUCAGAGGUUUUUGGGGAAGACGGAUGUGUCCCAGGAGCUAGAAGAGGUCCACGUGGAGGCUCGAGCUCGGGACAGCCUGAACGCUGUGUCUGUGUUGGAGCUACUGAGGAGCCCAGCUGUUCGCUGGCAGCUCAUCACAAUCAUCAUCACCAUGGCCUGCUAUCAGCUCUGUGGCCUUAAUGCAAUCUGGUACUACACUAAUGGGAUCCUACGGGAAGCAGGCUUAGCAGAGAAUUUACUCCCCUACAUCACACUGAGCACAGGGGCUACAGAGACUCUAGCCGCCAUCAUCUCAGGUCUGGUGAUUGAGAGCAUUGGGAGAAAACCCCUCCUUAUAUUUGGUUUCUCCUCCAUGGCCAUAUUCUUCAGCCUGCUGACGGUUUUCCUAAAUUUCCAGGACAGUGCGUCAUGGAUGCCAUAUCUCAGUUACAUCUGCAUUCUUGCGGUUAUCGCAGGCUUUUGCUCUGGACCAGGUAAAACUAUCACUUCCCUUCAAACUGCUCUUGAAUAA